GAAGAAGAGCGCGCCGAAAACACCAGCCACGUGUGUUUGAGUGUUUGGAGCUGCUGCUGAUGUCCUCCUCCUCCUCCUCCUCCUCCUCCUCCUCCCUCCUGCUGAGCGCUCUGCUCUCCCGCUGCCCCGAUGUGGAGCCGGUGUUCGAGGCGCUGCUCUGGCCGGGCUCCGCGCUGCCGGAGCCGGAGAGGGUGGAGUCUGUGACCGCGCUGGUCGCGGAGCUGAUCCGGAGCGGAGAGCGCUCAGAGCGGCUGUCUGUCCGGCUGCAGGCGCUGAUCUGGGAUCAGUGUGUGCCGCUCCUGAAGACGAUGUCCAAGCAGGAGCCGCAGAGCAGGCAGCUGCUGCCGGCCGUCUGCGCACUGCUGGGCCUCUGCGUGGGUCAGAGCUCCGCGGACAGCCUGCGGGACCUGGCCGAACUGGCCUUACCUGCGCUCAGUCCACCUGAGGGCGAUGGGGAGCAGCUCCACCUGGAUCUGGACGUGGCAGUAGAGGUGAUGGCGGUGCUGCUGUCGUCUCAGAGGAUCUCAGAAAGCCCCUCUUUGGCCCUGUGGUCACUGUCCUGCACGCUCAGCAGCAUCAAGCGGCUCUCGGAGGCCCAGGCGUCCAAAGUCAUUGUCCGCCUCUGGUUCACAUCCCUCAAGUCCUCCAGCGAGGAGAGACGAGUGGACGUUCUCCAGCACGUCUGGGAGGAUCUGCUGAGCUGGCACGAGCGUGAGGACUUUGCUGCGGUGACCGCACAGGCACUGUUGUGUCUGACCGCUCUGUCGGACCACCUCUUCUCCACCUGGGGGCAGAAAACGCCCAUCAAAGACCAGAACUGCAGACUGAAGCCCGACCCACGAGAGUCCCGGGCCUUCUUCAGAGUCAUCCAGGCCGGACUGCAGCACCGAGAUGGCGUUUCCCGCAAGCGUGCCCUCUACCUCCUGAAGAGGUGUGUCACUCUGUCUGAGGAGCUGGAUGCUGCUGUUGGUGUGAGCGAGCCGGAGAGCCUGUUCAGAUGGAUACCAGAGCAGAAGUCAGUGCUGCGGGAGUUCUGGGAAGAUUACGCGCUUCUGUUGGAGACUCUGGAGGAGAACCAGAUCCAUGUGGUGCGGCCGGUACUGAACCGACUGGACGUUCUGGUUGAGAGAACUGCUGCGGGUGCUGAAGGUGGCCGGCCGGUCCACCCGUCCUGGCUACUGUGUGUGUAUCAGCGCAUGUUCCACAGCGAGAACAAGGCCGUGAUGAAGGAGGGCGUCGAUCACCUGCUGGAGCUGCGGCUGUUUCAGCAGCCUGGCUUCGCCUCGGCUUCCUCUCAGUUUGUUGUAGGUCCCUUCAUGGAGGUGCUGACUGAGAGCUCACUCUACCACAGGUCAGCCGGACAGGCCAUGGGGGAGUGUCCGGAGAUCGGGCUGAAGCUGCAGAGGUUCAUGGUGACGUUCUUCAGCAGUUUGCCUGAGGAGCACAGAGGUUUGGUGUUGGUGCAGCUGUUCUGGCGGUUGGGCUCUCAGCACUGGUGUGCUGUCCCUCUGCUCUUCCUGUCUCAGGCCCUGUCGCGCCUGUCCCCCUGUCCUCUGCUCACAGUGGACGGCCUGCAGGUGCUCAGGGAGGCGCUCCGCUGCACUAUGAUCACGCACCAGGUCCUGCUGAGAGGGGCCACCCAGUGCUUCCUGCUCCACAGCACCCUCUGCCUGAUGGACGUGUCUGCUGUGUCCCUGGAUGAAGUCUUUGGUUUCCUGGUGUUGUUCCGAGCUGAGGAGUCUCUGUGUCGAGGCUCAGCCCUGUGGAGAGAGCUCUGUGAUUGGUUGCUGGCUAACGAGGGCAGAUUCAGUUCUGCUGAAGCUUCUACCACCAGCACCCUGGAGAGGAUCUCCGCUCACAGCUCCAGCCGCCUGAAGGCCUUCCUCACAGUGCUGGCCUGCUCAGAUCAGACGGAUAGCAUUCCGGACCCUGGCGAGGCUGAGCUGCUGGCUCGCGCUCUCCUCCUCUCUGUGGACCUGGAGUGGAGCAGGAAAGAGGAGCGUAAGCCUGAUGACGACCGACUGGACCAGCUUCUCUGCCCGCUGCUGGACGUCCUGCGUCGGCUUAGCACCAGCGUCUACCUGCCACUGUGCAAGACCGAUAAGAGCCUGCAGCUCAUGCUGCGGCUGCUGCAGCUGCUGGGCGGAUGCUCGGAGGCAGGGAAGGAGAACGAGGACGAGGCGGCCGCAGCGCUGACCAGGCUGCUGCUGGGGGCAGUGGAGCCAGUUCACGAGUUCAUACUGCGGAGGCUGAGUGGUGAACUGCAGGAGCUGUGUGAUGUGGACAGAGCCGGCCUGUAUCUGUCUGUCCUGCGGGAGCUGGUCAGGACCUACAGCGCUGUUCCCAGCUAUCUCUCAAACCUACAGAAGAACUUUGUGUCCAGACUUGCUGUGAACUGCAUGAGGAUCCUCAGCAGGCCUCCUGAGCAGACUCCCUCUGUUGCUGGGCAGGUGCAGAGAGCAGUUAGCAUGGCCACGCUAGCUUUGCUGUGUGAACUUGCUCAGCAGGGUUUGUUGGCCCCCAAAUCUGAUGCCGUGAGGACCCUCUGCUCUCUCGCUGACCUCUUCUACACAUCUUCAUCCUCCUCAUCUUCACUUCAGUGCUUUAACCAGCCCUUACUGAAGCCCUCAGCGCAGGACACCUCCAGAAGUUUGAGCUCCGACAGUCGUUCAGAUGACAGUCCGGUGCUGAGGGAUUGGGGCAGAGUGGCAGCCCGCUUCAUCCGAGACCAGUGGACAUGUCUCAGCUUCCUCCAGAAGGUUGGCGUCCCUGUCAGCCCUGCCGAGACCACCAGUGCCACAGAGGCCUUCCAGGCUGCUCUGGAGGCUGUUUCGCUGCUGCCCAGUGAUCUGGUGCUGCCUGUGUUGGACUUCAUGUCUUCAAGUUUACCACAGGUGGUGCUGUAUGAUGAGGCGCUGUGUGUGGAGGCAGUGGGUGUGUCCUGGAAGCUGGUUCAGGCCUUGAGCACAAACGCUCAUGACUUCUGGCCGGCGCUGGAGGCUUUCGUGCGCCUGGCCUUCCAUCGCAGUGUCCUGGAGCUGGCCGACUCUCAGAGCCCCAAACUGACCGCCUCCAUCAGACAAGUUGCCCGCGAGCUGGUGGAGCUGUCCCAGGCCAAGUCCGGUGUGAUGAAUGUGCUGAUCCAGCACUGCUGUCAGACCUGGCUGCCCUCUGACCCUAAUAAACACACAGACGCUGCCAUUCAAAGCGCCAUUAACCACUUAGACAUCCUGGCCGAGGCGUGUGUCUACGGGCCGGUCUUCAGAAGAGACCAGAGGCUCAUUCAGGAGGUUCAGACCUACGUGGAGCAGCUCGGCGAGAGCUGUGCAGCCAAUGCAGUGGUCAGCAGUGAGAACAGGGAUGACCAGUUUCCACGCUUGUGUGCUCUGGCCUUCUUAAGUCGUCUAGAACCCUCCGAUGGCCUGCAGCGCCGCCUGAUGGAGGAGCUGGUGCAGCGCUUACUGAGAAAGGAUGAGGAGAUAUCAAAGUCAAAAGUGCGUUACUAUAGCAACUCCAUGCAUCACCGUGUGAAGAACAGGGUGUGGCAGUCGCUGCUGCUGCUGCUGCCGAGACUGAGGCCGGAGUUUGUGGUGCGCUGUGUGCUGGUUCCAGUGUGUGAGGCCGGUUUCUGCAGCAAUCAGGCAUCCGUCAAGUACCUGAUUGAGUGGGCUCUGAUCCUGAUCCUCCACCAGAACCCCUCCCACAUUCGGCACCUGUGGGACUGCUUCAGUACGGAACAGGAGAAGACGAAGACGAGCAUCUGCACGUUCCUGUCUGUCUUAGUCCACCUGGACGUCCUUCUCCCUCAACUGGACGAUAAGGUGGCGCAGUGGCGGAGGGCUGUGGAGGUGAUCCUGCUGUGGUGCUUCAGUCAUAACUUCAGUGUGCGGCUCUACGCCCUGCUGGCUCUGAAGAGGGUGUGGGAGAUGGAGGGGCUGCAGGCCCUGGCUGAAUAUCAACAGGGGGGUCCGUCUGCUCUCGGAGGGCUGGCGACUGUGGUCCAGGCCUGCCUACGUCAAGCUGAGGCCAUGCAAAACACAGGCAACGCCAUGAAGAACUGGACCAGAAUCCAGGAGCACUUCUUCUUCAGCGCCUUCCAUCCUCUCAGAGAUUACAGCGCUGAGACCAUAUUCCACACGUUCCCCAGCCUGUCAGAGCUGGCGGACGAUGAGUGGGUUCCAGUGUGGAAGUUUGAGAAGCUGGUGGACUUUCACUCCUCUUUCCCCCUGAGGAACCCUAGCAGGGAGCUGAGAGAGCUGCAGCCUGGAGACUGGGUCCAGCAGGACAGAGCUGAGCUGGAGCAGGAGGAGCGCUGGGCAGAAGUGCAGAAGAAGAUCGCCCCCUGGAGGCUGAGUGUGCAGGAGCAGGAGCCGCAGCUGAUGGCUCCGCAGAGGGCGGCGCGCCUGGGCAAACUCACCAACGCGCUGCUGGUCGUAGCCUCGCUCAUCGACAAGCCCACCAACCUGGGCGGUCUGUGUAGGACGUGUGAGAUUUUUGGAGCCAGUGCUUUGGUUCUGGACAGCCUGCGUCACGUCAGUGACAGACAGUUCCAGGCCCUGAGCGUCUCGUCUGAGCUGUGGCUGCCACUGCAGGAGGUGAAGCCCACUGAGCUCACAGAUUUCCUGCAGCUGAAGAAGAGAGAUGGUUACUGUAUCGUGGGGGUUGAACAGACGGCCAACAGUCAAAGUUUACAGGACUACAGGUUUCCAGAGAAGACCCUCCUGCUGCUGGGGAACGAACGAGAGGGUAUCCCUGCUAACCUGCUGCAGCUGCUGGACGUGUGUGUGGAGAUUCCUCAGCAAGGGGUCACUCGUUCUCUCAAUGUGCACGUGAGCGCCGCCCUGCUGGUGUGGGAGUACACGAAGCAGCACCUAGGUGUCAGCCAGGACUCUUAACACCUGAACCUCCUGACUCCGAGCCUCAGAUCCUCGACCACCAUAAGAAGAGGUCGAUCAGUUUACUCUGCACGGCUGAACCGUUGAUCAGUUCUCAUAUCGGAGCUCCGGGCCGUCUGUGGACACUCGGCUGCAGCUCCUUUUGAUUUCGCUGGUUUGUGACGUCACGCAUGACGCAUUUAAAUACACUGACCCAUUCGGCCUGAAGCGGUUUAGCUCCACCCAUUCAGGCUGGAGUUAUACUGAGUAUUUCAGCCCAGACUGCUUUAUGAAUGAGGGGCUGCCAAUCAGAGAAGAGCUCAUUUACAUACAUCAGGCUUAAAGGCACAGUGACAAAAACAGCCUGUUUAGCUGGAAGGGAUGUAGAGAAGCUGGAAAACCGUCACAUAAAAAUACAUUUAAGUGUGUUUUGGUUCAUAAACACACAGACUACUACAUUAGAGGCGGGGGGAAGAUACAUGGAUAUGGGCCCUUUAAUUACAUCUGUACAUGAUUUAAGGUUGGAAAUUUACCCGGAUCACCCAAAACUCCUGAAGCUGCCACACUACAGUCAGCGCAGGAUGAGCUGAGCCUUGAGUGGAAUCCAGACAAAAAAAAAUCACGUUUAAUCUCUAACACACGGAAUUCUGCCGUUUGAUUUGUUUGGGAAAAACUGCCUUUAAGCCUGAAUGGUUCACUGUGUAGUUCAGGUCAUCGGUCUCAGUCAAGUUUGACCAGGUGCGGCUGUUGCACACUCUCUCUCUCUCUCUCUCUCUCUCUCUCUCUCUCUCUCUCUCUCUCUCUCUCUCUCUCUCUCUCUCUCU